AAAAAACGCAAAAUCAACGUUCCCUACGCAUUUCAGGCGCCUGCAUCCGGUAUUGGCGUCCAUGAAGCCCACGAAGUUCUGUGGUAUGAGCGCAUAAUCAGUGACAUUCGCACGACCGAUGAAUUAGCCAAAGGGAAUCGUUUGAUUAUCCGGUUUGGUGCCGUGGAUUAUGAAUGCUCUGUCUGGGUCGACGGCCAGUUCGUCGGGGGCCACCGUGGUGGCCAUGUGCCUUUCGAUUUGGACAUUUCAGACGCCUUUCAAGACACGGACAGCAAGAAGAGGGCUCGUCUAACGAUACGUGUUCGUGACUCUCCAUAUGACCUAACUCAGCCUCGCGGAAAGCAGUUCUGGGGCCCCGUGCCGGAGAGCAUCUUUUAUACACCAACUAGCGGAAUCUGGCAGUCCGUCUGGCUCGAGAGUGUACCAGCAAUGCGAUUGGGGAGCAGCAGCGAAGGGACGAUUCUCCGCUCAGAUGAUAUCGAGCGUGGUGAGCUGCAUUCGCGUGUUUCUGUAAUUGGUCGACGAGCCGCUUCAAAAUGCAGUGUUGAGAUUGAAGCUCGUUUGGGAGGGCUACCCGUCAGCAAGGCGAGAGCUGAGCUCCCUAAAGACAAGGAAUUUGUGAGCCUUAACGUUGACAUGAAAGUACCGAAUCCAGAUGAAUUACGGAGCAAACCACCGUUUAAUAUUGCUGGCUCCUGGCACGAUCGGGUUGCUCUGUGGCAGCCAGGAUACCCUAUUCUCUAUGAUCUAACCCUGCGCCUUUACGAUGCUGCUGGGAAGAUCGUAGAUGAAGUUCAGACCACAACUGGAAUGCGCAGUCUAUCCUGGAACACAGGCGAUGGGACAUUCCGAGUGAACAACAAGCCUUUCUUCCAAGUUUUGGUGUUGGACCAAGGCUACUGGCUCGAGACUGGCAUGACGCCUCCUUCUCCAGAGGCACUGAAGGAUGAUAUCAUCAUGUCGAUGAACAUGGGAUUCAACGGAUGCCGCAAGCAUCAAAAGGUUGAAGACCCUAUCUUCCUGUACUGGGCAGAUCGACUGGGUUACCUGGUUUGGGGCGAGAUCGCCAACGCCUACGAAUUUAGUGACGACUAUGUACAACGAUUCAACAGCGAAUGGAUGGAAGUUGUGAAAAGAGACAUCAAUCAUCCAUCUAUCGUCACUUGGACCCCUGUCAACGAGAGUUGGGCCUAUACCUCGCUCAAAGACAACAUCGAGCAACGCAAUCACAUCCGUUCUCUGUACUACAUGACCAAAACUCUUGAUCCAAGCCGGCCAAUCAAUGAUAACUGUGGCUGGGAGCAUGUCAUGACGGAUUUGACCACUUACCAUGACUACUCCGAUUCUCCGCAGCUUGCUGAAUCAUGUUCCAUGAUGCAAGGUAUUCUCAGCAAGAAGGGUGGUCAUGAUAUGUUUGUUCCACCAAUCCAUUCCGGAUCCAUCCUUCUGGACGCUGGUGCACAGCACAGGCCGGGCGCACCUGUGAUCUGUACGGAAUGUGGUGGUGUCAACAUUGCUCCAGCGAAGGAUGCCUCGAAAGGUGACAGGGACUGGGGAUAUACUACUGCAGCUGAUCCUAAGGACCUACUCAGCCGCCUUGAAAAGCUAAUCAUGGCAGUUGUCAGAGGCGGCCAUUCGUGUGGUGUUGUAUACACCCAGCUGUAAGUUUCGUUGGAUUUCAAAUCGUACGUGAAUCAAUCUGUGUCGGUACUAAUACUUAACUAGGGCCGAUAUAGAACAGGAGGUCAAUGGCUUGUAUUCGAAUGACCGCAGGGAGAAGGUCCCCGCAGCGGAUGUGAAAACCAUUAUGGACUCUGCGAAGGCACACUAUUAUGAGAAUGUGCUAGCUAA